UAUUGCAUAAUCUAUCGAGUACCCGCUUGGCAAGGUGAAAUUGGAAGUUAAGGCAGGUGAACCGCAGGCAAAGAUGUUUUGAACAGGUGUCCAAAUUUCAAGGCUACAUUCAAAAUACAUAAACAUGAGAGCAUUAUCUGAGGCUGUUUUGUAGCAUGCGACCAUGAUGAAUAGCUGUAACGUACCUUGAAUAAGGACGCUUGACUUCCUAUGUACCUGGUAUCCUAAGAUAGGACCUCUAGGCCUGUUUGACUGUGGGCUACCCGUUGUUCAUUUUGAAUUGUUUGUAAUAGCAUGUAAAAGUCAGUCAAGGAGACAGAUCAACUAAACCUAGAGAAAGAUGAGAGGACCACGAAGUGUUACAAGUCAUUUCUUGAGGCCUGUCAGGUUUGCAAGAAGCCCGAGAACUGCUGAGAAAGAUAAUGCGGUAUUCAACAGAAUUUGCAUCCUCCGAAGUGCCUCGUUGCACAGCCACAGCAGAUUUAUGGAAGCUUCCUCAAACAUUAUAAACUUGAGUGUAGUUAAUUCUGUGCCAGUUUAUGAACUGCGAAAUGAAUAUGAAAGAGCAAAGACAAAGGCCCUUUCUCACACACUAAACAAUCAAAAUGACAUAAGUGUUGAUGCAGUGUUUGCAAACAACGAAAUUAGCCUUAAGUACAUUGAUGUUUAUGGCUUUGACUAUGAUUACACUUUGGCCAGCUACUCCGACCAACUGCACAUGAAAACCUAUGACAUUGCUGUGAACAACCUGAUUGAGAUGUUUGGAUACCCAAAGCAAAUCAAGUCAAUGCGAUAUGACCCAGGCUUUGCUAUAAGGGGAUUGCACUUUGAUACACGGAAAGGCUUGUUAAUGAAACUUGACUCAUUUAGUCACAUCCAAAUUGGGACAGUCUAUAGGGGGCGUCAAGAAGUGAACAGCUGGGAUGUUGUCAAUUAUUACGGUGGGACACAUCUUGGUAUUGACCAGGUCAGCCAUGCCAACAAGGGAACUGACACAUAUAUUCAUCAGCUGAUUGAUUUAUUUUCACUGCCCUUUAUGGGUCUUCUCUCCAAUGUCAUUGAGUAUCUUUAUCAGAACAACAUAACUUAUGAUCCAGAGUAUGUUUAUUACGACUGUGAGAGAGCUACCCAGGCAGUUCAUUAUAAAGGUGUCAUGUAUGAUGCAAUCACAGGCAAUCUAGAAAAAUACCUACCCGCCAAUCCAGAGAUGAAGGAGUUCUUGCACAAACUGAAGCAACAUGGCAAGAAGCUGUUUAUGAUAACCAACAGCAAAUACAAUUUUGUAAACAAAGGAAUGGUUCACCUGAUGGGCCCUGACUGGAGAGACCUCUUUGACGUCAUAGUCACCGAUGCAAGGAAGCCGAGGUUCUUUAAUGACAUUCAAAGGCCUUUUCGAUGUGUCGAUACGGCAACUGGAUUUCCAACUUGGAACCAAGUGAACCAGUUUGAACCAGGAAAAGUCUACUCAGAGGGGAACAUCAAACUGUUUGCUCGUUUUACAGAAUGGGAAGGUCCACAUGUUUUGUAUUUCGGAGACCACGUGUAUAGCGAUUUGAUGGAUCCAGUUAUGAGGCAUGGCUGGAGAACUGGUGCUAUUUUGCCGGAACUUGAGCGAGAAAUCAUGAUAUCUAACUCAAAAGAGUACAGAAGAAAUGUUCAGUGGUUGCUUGCCCUUGAAAAUCUCAUGGCAAUAGCUCAGGUCCACAAUGAAAUAGAAGCGAAAAAUUUAUUUUUUGAAUGGAAACACGAAAGACGAGAGCUCAGGCAAAAGCUGAAAAGUAUUUUCAAUCCUUUCUUUGGAAGCGUCUUCAGAACGUAUCACAACCCGACAUACUUCUCAAGGAGGUUGACGCGAUAUGCAGAUAUAUAUACAGCAAAAAUGUCAAAUCUGUUAGAAUACCCCCUAGGGUACACGUUUUACCCGCGGAGGCACCAUCUGCCCCAUGAACAUGACAUUAACUGAAAAAGCUAACAACACUUCAGUUACAAUAGAAUGGUGUUUAUAUUGUAAAUGCAGGAAUUUUAGCAAUAAAAACAAAAAUAGUUUGUAAAAUCAUAAAUUCAGAGUUUUCAUGCAUUCAUUAGUUUACAUUUAGUUCUAGUUUCGUGUUUAAAACAAAUGGUUUUAGAAAAUCGGAUUUGUGCUAUUUUCUCAAA